AGCCGUUUUCGCAUGCGCGAACAAAUUCGUUCUGAUGACGCCCAAGAUCUAGCUUGCCACAAUGGCAAUUCCGUUUCAUAAUGCAGUCGACAGUUUGCGACCCAGGUUUGGAAUGCUAUGGCUACUAGUGCUGUUGCAGCUCGCAUUGCAAGCAGGUGCCACAAGCCUCGCUCGAAGGCAGCCAAAAGCGCCCUGCGAGUUUGCCGAGAGCGAGCCGCUCAACUCGUGCGCCAAGGUGAAGCGCGGUGAACAAUUGUGGCAGCAGCACCUGGAAGAGGCCUGGAGUCAUCUUUGCAAGGACAGCCAAACCGCGCCCUACAUGGAUGUUUUCUUGGACAAGCGUUUCCGCCAGAAUUACGAGAAGGCUUACAAUUCAGAUGGUUGGACAGAUGCUGCGUGGGUGAAUUAUGUAGCACUGAAAAAGGCUGGAGAUACAUACGGACAACUCACAGAGAGGCUGGUGGAGUCUGUCCAUCGCUUUUCCAAGCAUCCGAUUGUUGUGGUGAACUUUGGGUUGCAGGAUCCAGGGCUGGAUCCAGCUCGUUUUCCACGCUUGGUGCUGCUUCAUGCCCGAGCCCUUGACCGGGGAGUGUCCUUCAACUUCAACAAGUUUCGGGCCAUUCUGCUGGCUCAGGUCAAGGUUGGGGCAUCGUUGGACUCAGACAUGAUGAUGGCUACACCUCAUGCUGAUCAGCUCCUCCAGCGCACUGAAGAGGAGAUCAACGAGAAGUAUCGAUUUCCUAUGAUGCCCACACACUUCCUAGAUCGCGACCCUCGAGACAGCGAGUCUGGCAAGGGAAAUUUCGCGAAGUACACCUGCGACCAGUGCCCAACGCCAACUAUGCGCUGGGGCCAGGCGCAGCCAACGUGGACUCACUGGUCGCUGAAUUUCGUGAGCCGCUGGCUAGCGGCGAAGAUUGCAGGACGUCCUGAGCAAGGAGUUCCUACAAGGGACAUCAGCGAGGAUGAGGAUUUAUUGAACGUGGCCUUGUGGAAGGAGGGAGCAACCAAGUCCUGGUGUGCUUUCCAGACAGGUGGCAUCAACUUCCUCUGGGAGAAUUUGUAUCCUCAGCAUCCUCCUGGCCCGUCUCCCUACUAUGAUGAUCCGCGAUACUUCCCAGAAGGUGUGCCUGUGGCCUUCUACUUCGGACAUGCAGAGAAGGAUCCAAAGCACAUUGACAAAGCGCUGCAGUACUUGGCGGAGCCAUCAAGGGCAAGCAUGUCGUCACCAAAGCCAUUUUUUCACAACAUGACCUUCUAUGCAUCUUUCAAAGAUCUCGCGAAGGCGAAUCCAAACUUGAAAUGUACGCUCUGAAGAUCCACGAAGCGGGUGUCAAGCCGAGACAGCUGAUGCGACUGCCCCAUAUGCAAAAUUGAGGAAGGUGCGGCUCGCGCCUCCAGUGCGACAAACUUGCACGCGCCAGUUCAGCAUAUCAGUGAGACGGCAGAGGCUUCUGGCAAACCGUCGGCCGGGAAGCAUCGGACU